AUGCUGCGCGUCGUGAAACCCAAAAAUGCGCGGUCAAAGCGGGCGAUGGAGGCCCGCGAGCCAAAAGAAGUUGAGGAGGCGCGGACGGCGAUCUUCGUACGGGGCACACAUACAGGAGAGGUGCUGAACAACGUCAUGAAGGAGCUCAUGGCGCUGAAGCGCCCGCACGCGAUCUCGUUUUCGAAAAAGAACACGGUGCGGCCGUUCGAGGACCCGGCGUCGCUCGAGUUCUGGGCGAACAAGAACGACGCGUCGAUGUUCAUCGUCGGGCAGACGACCAAAAAGCGGCCGAACGGGCUCACGCUGGUGCGCACGUUCGACGGGAAGGUGCUCGACAUGUGCGAGGUCGGCGUGGACAACUUUAUCAGUAUGAACGAUUUCAAGACGCCCAAGCCGGCACCGGGGCACAAGCCAAUGAUGCACUUUGCGUCGGAGCUGUUCGACACGCACCCGCGGUUCAUCCAGCUCAAGUCGAUGCUCAUGUCGCUCUUCAACGGGGAAGAGAUCGAGCAGAUCCACCUGACGGGGCUCGAGCACGUCCUGAGCGUGACGCUCGGGCCGAGCCCCGACUCGCUCACGUCCACGACGGCGGCGGCGGCGGACGACACGGCGGCGCUGCCGCGGGUGCACAUCCGGGGGUACACGCUGAAGCUGCUGGCGUCGGGCGUGCGGACGCCGCGCGUGGAGCUGGUGCCGAUGGGCCCGGCGCUGGACCUGUCGCUGCGGCGGCGGCAGGAGGCAGACGCGGAGGUGUGGAAGCUGGCGAUGCGGCGGCCGAAGCUGCGGAAGCAAGACGUGGAGAAGGGGCUCGGGAAGCGGAAGAGGAACCUCGAGGUGGACGAGAUGGGCGAUCUGCGCGGGCGGGUGCACGUCGCGCGGCAGGAUCUGGGGAAGCUGCAGACGCGGAAGAUGAAGGGGCUGAAGAAGGGGCGUGGGGAGGAGAGCGAUGGGGACUCGGGAGACGAGGAGCAGGAGGAGCAGGAGCAGGAUGGCGGGGGGCGGCAGAAGCGGUAG